UGCGAACAAACAGUUACUCAUUUAUGUCUUUCCCAAUAUUUCGUAAGUGUGGAAUGUUCCAUUGCGCCCACUGAAAGAAAUGCUGAAACCUUUGCCAUAUAAAGCAAAGACGUUCGUCGUUUGCAUUACCGAUACUACGCUGUAUAAAGCGUCACUGGAACUAAAAUGGAAUCCUAUCAAGCUUCAUACAGAGGCAGUGGGAAGAAAUAAAAUAUUCAUUGCGAGAACUGCUUUUUGAUAUUAUCGCGCGAAAGUGUUGACGAAAAAAAAACAAUUAAAAGAAAAAUACGAUCUUAACAUUUUUUUAAAUUGUAACACAAAGCAGCAGAGUACAUUUGACUUCUAGUGUUGCAAAAAUUACUAAAGAUGCCCGUUUAUCAUAAUUAAUUAAUUCUGAGAAAUAUGUACUGUGGAUAUCUAAAAAUAACCUAUGACGACAAUAUAUGAAACCCAUGCUUAGGAAAAGGGCGGAGGCGAUUUGACACUUUAAACAGUGGAUGGUAUUCGUUUAUAGUUUCAUUUCUCACUUGACAUUCAUAUAUCAAAUACUCGUAAAAUACUUAAGUGUUUAUAAUACUGAAUGUAUUAAUGACAUUUAAUUCAAACUAAGCUGUAACACAUUUUGACACCUACCGUUAACAACAUUGUACAGGUUUCCGAGGGAUUUUUAUAGAAAGAAGAUAUGUCUUCGUUAAGCGUUAAUUUGUCAUCUGGAGAGGAAUUUUUAAUUUCUAAUUCUACGAAUUCUACUAAUGUAACUCGUGCGGAGUACGAAUACACAUUUCUUUACGACCCGCCUCUGGAAGAGCUGAUACCCGUAUCUAUUAUAUAUGGAAUUACAUUGGUACUCGGUAUGAUGGGAAAUAUACUGGUCAUUUUUUCAGUAACUAGGUACCAGCAAAUGUUGACUGUUACUAACACAUUCUUGCUAAGUCUUGCAUCUGCCGACCUUCUGCUUAUCAUCAUAUGCGUUCCCGUCAAGUUUGCAGCAUUCUUCUCCUACAUGUGGCGUUUUGGAGAAUUUCUCUGCAAGAGCGUGCAUUAUAUCCAGAAUGUUUCAACGAUUUGCUCUGUUGCAACAUUGACAUUCAUGAGUUUAGAAAGGUAUUACGCAAUUGUCCAUCCGAUGAAAGCCAAAUAUUCAUGCACAGUGGGUAAAGCUCGUCGGGCCUGUAUUUUCAUCUGGGUGCUUUCAUUUGUAUUGGCACUUCCAAUUCUGAUAGGCCGGGUCCAUAUUACAGUAGGACUGUAUCGGAAGGCGACAUGGUGUAUCAAAGAAUGGACCAACCCAACCUACAGCAUUCUUUAUGAAAUCUACAUGUUUUGUAUCAUUCUCGCAUUUCCAUUCUCAAUAAUGACAUUUGCUUAUGUCAGAAUAUGCCAGGAGCUGUGGUUCAUGUCACAACAUAGAUCUAUAAUGAGGAAUGAUUCGAGGUUGUCUUGUAUAUCGAAAAUCAGCAAUUCUAAAAACCAGCAGGUUACAGCAUUGAAAGUGAAGUUCGUCGACGACGAUAAUACUAAAAAGCAGGUUAUUAAGAUGCUGGUUGCCAUUAUAAUUAUCUUUGUCGUCUGUUGGGCACCUAUAACAUUCAACAAUCUUUUGGUAGCCUUCAAAAUUCUCCCAGGACUUCAUAUUGGACAAUUCAAAUACAUGCGUGAAGCAUUUCAUAUUAUGUCAUACGCAAACAGUUGUGUGAAUCCAAUCGUUUACGGCUUUAUGUCAAAAAACUUUCGGCAGACAUUUGUAAAAUCUCUUUGUGGCUGUUUGCGCGGGAAGGACUAUAUCAGACGACAGGUGUUCAAAAGCCAGACGGAAGUCUCCUACAUGGCUGACGACGCGUACCCUGCUCGCUGGGUCUGUCAGGAACAAAAGGGGAUGCUAUCAAAUCAAUCAACUAUCGACGAAGAUUUUAUUGAUAUUGAUGACAACAAAGAUUGUUCCGAAACUGUCAUUGUUACGGGAAUGUAAAUGUGAACUGACGAUUAUAGGGAACCAGUUGAGAAAUGAACAUCGCUGUGGUCAAUGGCAGUGUUUUAAGAAUCAACAAAUACGAGCUGAGAUAACCUAACAGGAAAAAGGAACAACUUAAGGCAGGAUAUAUAUGUUAAGAAAGUGAUAUAAAGAACAAUGUAUAUAUAUAUAUAUUAAAUAUUCUUGAGUUCAGUGACACAGUAGUUCACUUUAUAACAACAAUUAUUUGGUAGGUCAUCACAGAAAUUGUGAAAACCAUUUGUUAGGUAGGUCAUCACUGAAACUGUGAAAGUCGUUUAUUGAUCAACAAUGAUUGGUCACUCAUAUUUUACACACAAAUAAACCAUCCCUGUUGUGAAGUAGAUAAUUGUGUAUAUGACCCUUUUUAUAAUAGCUUCAACAGUGAAUAUAUGUUUUAUAUGCUUAUGAUAUGCUUAUGCGAUUCUUUUCUUUCCAGCUUUGUAAUGGAUUUCUGUCAGAAAAGUUCUUCUAUGGACAUUCGCAAAAAAAGAAAUGUGUAACCUUUACAACACAUAUUUCAAGUAUAAAGCGUGAGAAGUGAUUAAAAUUACUGUAGAAUAAUAUUUAACAAAAUCCUUAAAUAGACAUUAAACAGAAACAAAUAACAACACAAAACACAAACCGUUUGGCACUUGAGGUAGUUCUGCACGUCUGAUAAACCGGAAUUGAUGGCAUAACGUCAUUUAUCCGGAAAACGUAGAAUUAAGCAUGCAUUCGGCGUACGGAUAUGAAAAUCAGUUUAUGAAUUAAUGGCAACCCGUGAGUAAAUUCAUUAAAAUGGCAUGCAUUGUUACUAUCUUUCUAAAGUUUAAAUGUGAUAUUGAUGCAUUUGACAUGUUAAAUAAUUCAAAAUGAUGUCUUAAAAUUAGCAUGAAAUGUGCACUUCACUUUAAUCAUGGUCAACUAUCUCAAACAUAAUCACACGGACCUAUACAUUUUAUUUAACCACAUUAUAGGUCAUAUGUUUAUUUACAACUGUGAGGAGUUUCAUUAAAAUCUACAUUGUAGAAAAAAUUCUAUUUGCGAAGAUGUUAUGAAAAUUAUUAUUUUCCCAUAGACUAGCUCCCAUUAUGAUAAAUUGCAUGAGGUUUUAAAUAUAUAUUUUUCAAAUCAGUCUACUAAUAGCAAAAAAUCAAGCCUGUUCAUAAAAUGUACAAAACAAAUGCGAAAUAUCCCUUACACUCCUAGCGUCAGCUUGAGCUAGACUCUCUUGUAAAGAAACAUUGAUUGGACUCCAUUAUCUAACAGAACCCGCAUUAAUAACAACACCGGGUCUUCAUAACAAGAAACAUUUAUGUAAAGGGCUGAGCUUCAAAUAUAUAUCAUGGACUGUCAUAGAAUGAUUGAAUUUACGACAUGUAUUUGAUAAAUAUGUACAUUAAAAAUGCAAAA